CCGAUACUUGUAUUACUCGUCUUAAUUUUAACAUUAGUAGACCGUAUCAUACAUAGGAUCAUAUAAUGCAGUCUAGAGAGGCUUUUUCACACCCAUGUAUCUUAAAGGUGCCAUAGUUUGGUAGCUUUUGUUAACAGACUUUAGAAACAAAAGAAGCCACAAAACAGACAAAGGGAGUUAAAGACUGAAGGUGGACGCUUUGUCUAAGUGUGAAAGGUCUCAACUUUGAACAUUAACACAUUACCAUGUUUUUGUGUUUGUACACUCUCACUCCAUUCCUCUCUCUCGCUCUGUCAAUAAUUCAACACGUGGCCACUCAUAUGGACCCACCAUUCACCUCCCGGUUUAUAUAAACCCUCAACACUUCAUCCCUCUCAAACCAACUCUCUCUUCUCUCCUCUCUCCUCUCCACUUCAGCAAGAAAAGCUACAAACAGAGCCUUUACAAAUUUCAAAAACCGAACUUUUACUCACAAGACCAAUACUGACUUCAAAAAAUGGCUUCUUUCACUGCGGCUACAGCGGUUUCUCCGAGAUGGGUCGGUGGUAAUAAUCAUACUCAUCCACCAUUAUCUUCUUCUCAAACCUCCAACUUGAGUUACUCUUCCUCCUUACCCAUGACAAGUCGUGUCCAACACAAGCUAAAUGUCUCUUCUGCCCUUCACACUCAUCAUGCUCUCCAUUUCCCCAAACAAUCCUCAAACUCUCCCGCCAUUAUUGUCAACCCCAAAACCAAAGAAACCGAAACCAAACAGAUGAACAUGUUCCAGAGAGCAGCAGCGAAGGCCCUAGACGCCGCGGAGAGUUUCCUCGUGAGCCACGAGAGACAUCAUCCCCUCCCCAAAACCGCCGACCCUAGCGUUCAAAUCGCCGGAAACUUCGCUCCGGUGAACGAACAUCCCGUCCGGCGUAACCUCCCGGUGGUCGGAAAAAUACCUGAUUCCAUCAAAGGAGUGUACGUGCGCAACGGAGCUAACCCUCUUCACGAGCCGGUGACCGGUCACCACUUCUUCGACGGAGACGGGAUGGUUCACGCAGUUAAAUUCGAGGACGGUUCAGCUAGCUACGCGUGCCGGUUUACUCAAACCAACCGGUUUAUCCAAGAACGUCAAUUAGGUAGACCGGUUUUCCCCAAAGCCAUCGGCGAGCUUCACGGUCACACCGGUAUCGCUCGACUCAUGCUAUUCUACGCCAGAGCCGCAGCCGGUUUAGUCGACCCGGGUCACGGAACCGGAGUAGCUAACGCCGGUUUAGUCUAUUUUAAUAACCGGUUAUUAGCUAUGUCGGAAGACGAUUUACCUUACCAAGUCCGGAUCACUCCAAGUGGAGACUUAAAAACCGUUGGCCGUUACGAUUUCAACGGACAGUUAGAAUCCACAAUGAUCGCCCACCCGAAAGUCGACCCGGAAUCCGGAGAGCUAUUCGCGCUAAGCUACGACGUCGUUUCGAAGCCUUAUUUAAAAUACUUCCGCUUCUCACCAGACGGAGAGAAAUCACCGGACGUCGAGAUCAACCUCGAUCAGGCGACGAUGAUGCACGACUUCGCGAUAACAGAGAACUUCGUGGUGAUACCUGACCAGCAAGUCGUCUUCAAGCUUCAGGAGAUGAUCCGCGGCGGGUCUCCGGUGAUCUACGACAAGGAGAAAGUCGCGAGAUUCGGGAUUUUAGACAAAUACGCGGCGGACUCGUCGGGGAUCAAGUGGAUCGAAGUGGAGGAUUGCUUCUGCUUCCAUCUCUGGAACGCUUGGGAGGAGGCGGAAACAGAGGAGGUCGUGGUGAUCGGUUCUUGCAUGACUCCGCCGGACUCGAUUUUCAACGAGUCCGACGAGAGUCUCAAGAGUGUACUCUCCGAGAUUCGGUUAAAUCUCCGAACCGGAGAGUCCACUCGCCGUCCGAUAAUCUCGGACGGAGAGGAGCAGGUUAACCUUGAAGCGGGGAUGGUGAAUAGAAACAUGCUCGGCCGUAAAACGAGGUUCGCUUACCUCGCUUUGGCCGAGCCGUGGCCUAAAGUCUCCGGGUUUGCGAAAGUUGACCUCUCUACUGGAGAGGUCAAGAAACAUCUCUACGGAGAUGACCGUUACGGUGGAGAGCCUCUGUUUCUUCCCGGAGAGGGAGGAGCAGAGGACGAUGGACAUAUCCUCUGUUUCGUUCACGACGAGAAGACGUGGAAGUCGGAGUUGCAGAUUGUUAAUGCCGUUAGCUUGGAGGUUGAAGCGACGGUUAAACUUCCGUCAAGGGUUCCGUAUGGGUUUCACGGCACAUUCAUUGGAGCCAAUGACUUGGCGAAUCAGGUGUAGAGAUAUACAUGGUACGUGAGAUGAUGAAGAAGCUUCUAGAAGAAAAAAAGAGAGAGGGUUUUACCAGUGGGAUGGUCUGUAUAUACGUCCCCGGGAAUCUUCUCCUCUUGUGUGUUUUUUUUUGGGUUUUGCUCUGUUUUUUUUUCUUUUGGGGUGCGGUUUGCUAGUUCCCUUUUUUAUUGGGGUCAAUCUAGAAAUCUGAAAGAUUUUGAGGGACCAGUUUGUAGCUUUUGGGCUGUAGGGUAGCAUAGCCGUUCGAGCUCAGCUGGUUUCUGUUAUUCUUUCACUUGUUGUUGUUCAUAUUGAGAAGUAUAUAAGAUUAUAUUAAACACAAAACUUUGUGUUAUAUGUAAAAUGUCUUUAGCUUAAGAUUAAGCAAACACAAUAUUCA